UUAUUCCAAUUCUAAGUUUCAAAAACUAGAUAAUACGCGGAAGACCAAAUCGGCGACACAUCCAGUUGUUCUUCAUCAAAAUGCCUCUGGAGCUUUACGCGAGUUCCUGUAAAGCCCUAAUUUCAGAUUCAACUUUCAAUUCGAAGGACACCGUCGCAGAGCUGCCCUCAUUUCCACUUCCACAAAAGCCCUAAGCCAACCGACCAAGUUCCGAUUGUUCAUGAUGGAUCCUCGCCGCUCAUCGAGAGUCAUCGACCCCAAGGUCCGGCGAGUCGGCUUCUUCGCUCCCGGCGCGCCGUCGGAGCCUCUGUCGCCGGAACGGACUCAGUCUGGGCCGGCAGCCAUUUCGCCCUCUCCAGCCACCGGCCACUCCCUCUCGCCCGUCAUGAUUCCGCCGCCGCGCCACCCGUCAGACAAUCUCUCCUCCUCCCUCGCUCUCCACCACCAGCCUUCGCGCCCCGUCGUUGUGCCGGUACCGACGGCGCUCCGGCGGCCAUUCGAUGCGGUCCCCGCAGUCGUCGUGGGUAGCUACAACCAGUCCGACUCGGUCCUCGGCUCGUCCCCUUCAGCACUCUCUCCUUCGAGUAGGGUUAUGGUCGGAGAGUUCUCGGAAGACUCUGCGAAUUGGGUUCGAAGAAGUAAUUCGGGGAAAUUCGCUUCGUCUCUUCCUAGCGGCAGCUUUGAUUUGACUGUGAAGAAGGCUCAAGAGGUUUCUGAUCUUGCAGAGAAGGGUGGAGGAAAAGGUGCAGAAGGGUCAAAUAAAUUUCCAUCAGGCUCAAAGCCAUUAAAAGAGAAGACAACUAAAGCUGAAAGGCGUGCCCUGCAAGAGGCUCAACGAGCUGCAAAAGCUGCUGCGAAAGCAGAGGGGAAAAAGUCUUUUGCUGCUGCUGGAGGAGUUACUGUAGUGCGUGAACAAACUGCCAAAAGUGUGAAGCAGCCUUCUCAAAAAACAGAUGGUCCUCCUGUUGCAUCUUCGUUUGCUGCUUCAGAAAACAAAGGAAGUGAUCGACCUCCUGAGAAAGAUAGGAAGAAAGAUAUGCCUCCUCCACGCAUGCAAUUUGACGAUAAAAACCGUGUUGAGAAGGCCAAAAGGCGUGCUGUAGUCAAUCAAACUGAAGCUAAAAACAGAGUUGAGUUGUUUCGGCAUUUGCCUCAAUAUGAACAUGGAACUCAACUUCCUGAUCUGGAAGCAAGGUUGUUCCAACUGGAGCAUAUUCAUCCUGCUGUUUACAAGGUUGGCUUGCAAUAUCUGGCAGGAGAUAUAGUUGGGGGUAAUGCUCGUUGUGUUGCAAUGCUUCAAGCAUUUCAGGAAGCUAUCAAAGACUACCGCACGCCAGAACGGAAGACUCUGACAAGAGAUAUGACUGCGAAAAUCAAUAGUUACAUUUCAUUUUUAAUUGAAUGCAGGCCUCUUUCAAUCAGUAUGGGAAAUGCAAUUAGGUUCCUCAAAGCUCGUAUUGCCAAAUUAUCUUUAAAUUUUUCAGAGUCAGAAGCAAAAUCCAGUCUGUGUUCGGACAUUGAUCAUUUUCUCAGUGAAAAGAUAGCACUUGCAGACAAGGUGAUAGUUGGACAUGCUACCACAAAAAUCAGGGAUGGGGAUGUUCUUCUUACCUAUGGGUCAUCCUCAGUUGUUGAAAUGAUUCUCUUGUAUGCCCAUGAACUUGGGAAACAAUUUCGUGUUGUGGUGGUGGAUUCACGUCCAAAGCUUGAAGGCCAAGCUUUACUACGGAGGCUGGUUUUGAAGGGCAUUAAUUGUACAUACACUCAUAUAAAUGCUGUUUCAUAUAUUAUGCAUGAAGUCACUGGUGUGUUCCUUGGGGCUGCCUCUGUAUUGUCAAAUGGAACAGUUUAUUCAAGAAUUGGGACUGCUUGUGUUGCUAUGGUAGCUCAUGCAUUCCAAGUUCCUGUUUUGAUUUGUUGUGAAGCAUAUAAAUUUCAUGAUAGGGUACAACUUGAUUCUAUUUGCUCAAACGAACUGGGAGAUCCACAUAUCGUUUCUAAAGUGCCUGGAAGAGUGGAUGUAGAUUAUUUGAAUAAUUGGACCAAUAAGGAAAACCUGCAGCUUCUAAAUUUACUUUACGAUGCUACUCCUUCAGAUUAUAUCUCUAUGAUCAUCACAGAUUAUGGGAUGGUCCCACCCACUAGUGUGCCUGUGAUCGUGCGCGAGUAUGGGAAAGAGCACCUUUUGAUGUAGAGGUUCCAGCAUUCACCUCAUUGUUCAGUCGAAAGUUGCUGAAAGUGACUGAGCCAUGAGCCAUCAUAAUCUUUGGAAACCUGAUGGAUAUCAUCUCUUCUCUGUUUUUUUUAUUUGUUUUUUUCAUCAAUCUGAUAAUGUUACGAAGCCAGAUUGAAUCUGCAUCUUUAUUUUGCUACCGUAAAUUGUUUGAAAACCGCAAUUUAGUGCCCCGUGGUUUUUUUUUUUUUUUUUUUUUUUUGGGGGGGGGGGGGGGGGGGGGGGGUGUUACAGUUUUGUUGUAUAGAACUAUUUUAUGUGCACUUUCAUUCAAACUAGAAACCUCCAAAUGCCUUUUGGGGGUGGGGGGGUGUUACAAAUCUUCAUUGUUGAUAGUUUUAAGACAAUGGUAACUACUUGUAUAGGAGGAGAAACUUCAAAUUCAAAGGCAAUGGAUGAUGGCAUAUUAUAUGGUGCUAAACUUGGAGGGGGACACUACAGAACGCAUUGGUAAAUGGGAACUGUUGUUGCUUAGUUUCGAUAUGUUUUGUUGCUUUUAAAAUGAUUGACUACUUCAACUCUCAAGCUUGGCUGCUAAA